CUCAUGUGCCUCAUCUUUCUCAUUCUUCCAAUUCUCACACACCUUCUUCACUACAACCAUCAACAGAAUGGCAUUUCAUGAGACAUAGCUACUGACAGCGUUCUCAAAUUGGUACAACCACAUUUUGAUUCGGCUAGGGCGAAGUGAAAGCGGACAUCAAGAUGGCGGAUCCGCCCAACGUUAUUGAAACCGACGAAAAUCGCAAUGACAAUGGCAGAAACAAUGAAAACAACAGUGACACCAACAAUAGCAAUAAUAGUGGUAAUGACGACGAAAACAGCAGUGCUAGUGCUAGUGGCAGAGCUAGCGGGAAUGGUAAUGACAGUGGUGGUCACAGCGGUAAUGGCAAUGACAAUGCCAAUAGAAAUGGAAAUGACGACGACAAUGAGAAUGACAACAACAAUGCAGUCCGUGACGGUGAUGGAGAUGGCAAUGUUAAUAACAAUGACAACAUUACUGGUGAACGAGACAACAAUGUCGACAAUGAUCCGAAGAAAAACUCUUGUUCAUGUGCGAAAUCAGAUUUUUUCCCUGAAGAAUCAUUCCAGAGCUGGUCCAGUUAUGGAAAGGCCUUAAUGGAAACCAGAGCCCGUCUAAAAGAACGUCUCCUUUCCCGCUCAUCAGACGAUCAUGAGCUCCAUGGGCUGCGCGCUCGAAGCCAGAACCAGAUGAAGCGGAACCUUAACUGGUUUGACCUCAUCUGGUUUGGUGUUGGAGCUGUGAUGGGUGCAGGAGUUUUUGUCCUAACUGGAGAAGCUGCUCAUGAUUUAGCGGGUCCAGCCGUUAUCAUAUCCUACCUCGUCUCUGGCUGUGCCGCUCUACUUUCUGUCAUCUGUUAUACUGAAUUUGCAGUUGAACUUCCAGUGGCCGGAGGCUCAUUUGCCUACCUGAGAGUUGAACUCGGCGACUUUGUAGCUUUCAUUGCAGCCGGAAACAUCCUAUUCGAAUACGUUGUAGCUGGAGCUAGCGUGUCGCGUUCAUGGACGUCAUAUUGUGCAACCUUGUUCAACUAUAAACCAAACGAAUUCCGUAUUAGCAUGCCAUCUAUGGGAAAGGGUUUCGAGUACUGGGACCCAAUGGCUGUGGUGGUAUCUGUAGUCAUAUGUAUCUUUGCAUCUUUCAGUAUGAAAGGAUCAUCGAGAUUCAAUUCGGUUGCAACGAUAAUCCACAUUGGUGUCUUGCUUUUCAUAAUCAUAGCCGGAUCAACAAAGGCCGAUCUUGCCAACUUUGAUCCCUUUUCACCUUUCGGUUUUCAGGGUAUUUUGAAGGCUUCAUCUGUGAUAUUCUUCGCGUAUGUUGGGUUCGAUGGAGUGGCAACGUUAGGAGAAGAAACCAAGAAGCCGGGGAGAGAUAUACCUAUCGGCUUAGUCGGAUCUAUGUUAAUUGUCAUCACCACUUACUCACUUCUGGCAGCAGUAGUGUGUCUAAUGCAACCUUACAAUGAAAUUGAUGUUGACGCCCCCUUCACAAUUGCAUUUGAAGCUGUGGGGAUGAACUGGGCGAAGUUAUUAGUCGGUAUAGGCGCAUUAAAGGGAAUGACUACUGUUCUAUUGGCAAUCAUCAUAGCCGAAUCAAGAUAUUUCACCCACAUUGCUCGAACCCACAUGGCGCCACCCAUUCUUGCCGUGGUCCAUAAAAGACUUGGGACACCGGUAAAUGCAGCCGUCAUCAUGACUGCUACAAACUGUGUAGUCGCGUUUUUCACGAGCCUGGACGUCCUUGCAAGUCUUCUUUCCAUUUCUACGCUUUUUAUUUUCUCCCUAGUUGCAAUCGGGCUAUUAGUGAGACGAUACUACUCAACAGGGGUGACAUCAGAUAAAGAUAGAAACAAGCUGAUUAUCUUCUUGGUGCUCAUUGUUUGUUCUGCUACUGGGAUGGCUUUACUUUGGGCAUGGGGAGUAAAUAGCUGGUUGGUGUAUUUGUUUGUUGUCGGAAUCUGGUUUUCGGCCACAUUGGGUAUUCGCUUGAAGGUGAAGCAAGCAAGGUGCCCGAAGCUUUGGGGGGCGCCAUUAGUUCCAUGGCUUCCGUCGGGCAGCAUUGCAUUGAACUUGUUCAUGAUGGGCUCAAUUGAUGGUGCAUCUUUCUUGAGGUUCAUGGGGUGGACUGCUGUCUUGCUGACAUACUACGUUCUUGUGGGAUUGCAUGCCUCAUAUGAUGCGUCGAAGGAGGCUGUCAAGAUGCAGGUAGAAGAUAAUGAAGUUGAAAGAGGAAAUAAUAGAGAAAGAGUGCCUGCAACUUCUGAACCUGUAGAACUCGAUACAAUAACAACUAGUCGCGUUUAAUGUUUUAUUAACUGUGAUUAAUUUGGUAAACUUAUGAAAAAU